UAUGGGCAUGCGCCUAACAUAUAUUUUCAUUUUCAAGUUUGACAGUCAGCAUGACAUUCAGGCGACAUUGAUAUUUAUUUUUAUUUUAGUUAUAGUGUCAUUAUUUUAGUUUGUUUCAUAAGUUUGGUGAAUUCUAGUAAAAAUGAGAAGUAGAAGCAAUUCCGGAGUCCGACUGGACUACUACCAGAGACUUGUUCACAAAGUAAUUAUGGAACACCAAAACCCUGUCACUGGUUUAUUUCCUGCCAGCCUGGAAAAUAACCACGCUUGGAUUAGGGAUAAUGUAUAUUGCAUAUUGUCGGUAUGGGGUCUAUCUAUGUCUUAUAAAAAAAUGGCUGAUCAGGAUGAAGAUCGUGCAAAAACAUAUGAGUUAGAACAAUCCUGCGUCAAGUUAAUGCGAGGUUUACUCAUGUCUAUGAUGCAACAAAAAGAAAAAGUUGAAAGAUUCAAGCAAACCCAAAAUCCUCUAGACUCUUUGCAUGCAAAAUACUCUUCCAUAACUGGGCAAAUAGUUGUAGGAGACAAUGAAUGGGGUCAUUUGCAGAUUGACGCAAUAUCUCUUUACCUUCUUGUAUUAGCACAGAUGACAGCAUCGGGAUUACAAAUUGUGUUUAAUUUAGACGAAGUCGCAUUUAUUCAAAAUCUUGUAUUCUAUAUAGAAUGUGCUUAUUGCACUCCAGAUUAUGGUAUUUGGGAAAGAGGAGAUAAAACUAAUCAUGGUUUACCAGAGUUGAAUGCGAGUUCUAUUGGAAUGGCUAAAGCUGCCUUGGAAGCAAUGAAUGAGUUAGAUUUGUUUGGAGCUAGAGGAGGACCUUAUAGUAUAAUUCAUGUCUUAGCUGAUGAGGCACAGAAGUGUCAAGCUGUGUUGCAGUCUAUGUUACCAAGAGAAUCCAGUUCUAAAGAAAUUGAUAGUGGGCUUUUGUCUGUAAUAAGUUUUCCAGCUUUUGCCGUUGAUGAUCCUGGACUUAUAGGGUAUACUAGAGAUUGCAUCAUUAAUAAAUUGCAAGGGCGGUAUGGUUGUAAAAGAUUUUUAAGGGAUGGUUACCGAACUCCAAAGGAAGAUCCUAGAAGGCUUUACUAUGAACCGUGGGAACUGAGGAUGUUUGAAAACAUUGAAUGUGAAUGGCCAUUAUUUUUGUGUUACCUCAUAUUAGAUAAUUGCUUUAAAGGAAAUAAAGAGGUUGCUGCAGAAUAUACUCAACAACUGGAAGAGAUUAUGAUCAGAACAGAAGAGGGAUUAAAAUUGGUACCAAAACUGUAUUCAGUACCAGCAGAAUUUGUUGGAGCUGAAUACAAAGAACCUGGAAGUCAACAGAGAAUUCCAUUAGGCCAAUGUCCGUUUCUUUGGGCACAAUCUUUGUACAUUAUUGGGAAGUUGUUACAGGAGGGAUUUUUGGCUCCAGGUGAGUUAGACCCUUUGAAUCGAAGAUUGUGCUCAGAGAAGAAACCCGAUGUGGUGGUCCAAGUAGUAAUUCUCGCAGAAGAUAACGAAAUCAGAGAUAAAUUGGCGGAGCACGAUAUUAUUGUCCAAACGAUUGAAGAAGUCGCGCCUAUAGAAGUACAACCUGCAAGAGUUCUCUCUCACUUAUAUACAUAUUUAGGAAGAAACAAAAAACUGGGUUUAUCGGGUAGAAAAUCCAGAGAUGUGGGCAUUCUUUCCACCAGCAAGCUCUAUUCCCUGGGUGAUAAGAUCUUUGCGUUUACUCCACAGAAUUUUGAUAUGGAGGAAUACUACACGAGCUAUGACACCGCCCUUUUGGCAGACAAAGUUGUCGCCCACUUGGCCUUCUUAACAAUGAGCUGGCGCAACAUGCUUGGUAGACCUACCAUUUCGCUUGUCGCUACCAAAAACCUCUUAGAGGAUGGAAAACUACCACUGGCUAUGAUUACAACCAUGAAAAAGCUUAAAUCAGGAUACAUAAAUGGAACUCGAGUAACUCUAGGAAACUUAAAUGAAUUUUUAAGCACAAGCUGUAUCACCAACCUAAGUUUCUUGGGAUGCCAUGAAGACGGAUUACCAGAUAAAUUGAACCCUCAAGUUCAUUCUUAUUUGGAGGAAUACUUGGUUAAAUCUUUGUCUCACAAAUCAUUGUUAUUGUUGACCUCUGGAAUUCGACCCAGGACCAGAAAUUUGAAGCGGAGAAUGUCAGUGCGCGGAGCUGUUAAAAAAACCAGAUCUAUUAAUGUUGACUCAGAAACCCUGGGCAUGGAAAGUAACACUAGCUUGGAGAGAAGGGGAUCGCUUUUCUUUUCAUCCAACUUACUUGAUACCAUUGAUGGCGCUGGGUUCUCAAAAGACCUGAGGUCUCCUUCUCCUGAACAUAAGAUUCUUGCAGAGACGAAAAGGGAAGCUCCUAGACUUCGUACACAGUCCGAUGCACAGUAUGCAGAUACUGAGGUGGAUGAAUUAUUUGCAAUGCUUCGGGAAUCGGAGUCUCUUGACGAACAGGGUGAUAUUUUACAAUAUCUAGUAGAUUCUAAAGGUUUGGACUUUAACACGGGCAUGUUAGAGUAUGGCAAGGUAGUCACAGUUAGAGAUUUGUUAAAAGGCCUAUAUGAAAAAGCUUGUCAGCAAAAAAUGUGGGGCCUGGUUAGACACACUGCUGGGAUGCUUGGCAAGAGGGUGGAGGAUCUCGCAAAAUCUGUAACCGAUCUCCUUGUACGUCAGAAACAAAUAACUGUAGGCAUGCCACCCAAUAACGAACACACGAUCACUGCACCAUUACCCGAAAGUGACUUGCGUCUUCUUAUCCAUGAAGCGUAUGGCGAAGACGACAGUACCGCAAUGUUGACUCAGGAGUUGCUUGUGUAUCUUGCUAUGUUUAUUCGCACCGAGCCUCAGUUGUUCUUGGAAAUGUUGAGACUGAGGGUGGGACUUAUCAUUCAGGUCAUGGCCACAGAAUUGUCUAGAACAUUGAUUUGUGACGGGGAUGAGGCUUCAGAGCAUUUACUUAAUUUGAGCCCCUUUGAGAUGAAAAAUUUAUUAUAUCACAUUAUAAGCGGGAAGGAGUUUGCUAUCAGCAGUGUUGGCAGGGGUAACUUCUCAAUUGUCAGCAAUAAAUCAAGUCGUAUAAGCAAGAAAAGCCACAUCAGCUUAACAGAUUCUGCCCCAGAUGAUAUGAUAGAACCAGAUCGACAGGGUCAAUGGCUGAGAAGGAGAAGGUUAGACGGAGCGCUGAACAGGGUUCCAAGAGAUUUCUAUCCCCGAGUAUGGGGUAUUCUUGAGAGGUGUCAAGGAAUCGAUAUUGCAGGAAAAGUCCUACCCCAGACACUUACACAGGAAAUGACACCUGGUGAACUAAAAUUUGCUUUGGCAGUUGAAACAGUUCUAAAUAGCAUCCCUCAACCGGAAUAUAGACAGUUAAUUGUAGAAGCUUUGAUGGUACUUACAUUAGUGUCCGAGUAUAAUGUUGUUCCAUCUUUAGGUGGAGUUAUACAGGUUGAAUAUCUGGUGCACUCUGCCAAUGAAUUGUUCUUGGAUGACCAGAUGAAAUGUGAUGGAGACGCCACACUCUGUUGUGCUAAACCGAAGGAGUUAAGGGAAACUUCUAGGCUCGGUGGGCUGUUAUGUGGGGGUGCCGCCUAUAUCUGUCAACAUUUUUACGAUAGUGCCCCCAGUGGGUGUUAUGGUACUAUGACAUAUAUGACUCGGGCAGUGGCUGUUACUUUAGAUUGUUUGCCUAAGCAUGGUGAGUUAGAUUGUACUAUUAGUUAAAUAUUUUUAUUGUAUAUAUUUUAACAGAUUUUACUGGGUUUGUUUGUGUGUGCCAUAUAAUAUUUUUUAUAGUUUAUAGGCUUUAAUAUCAUGUAUUAUAUUAGGUGAAUUAUAUAAUCAUACAUAGAAACAUUUAGAUUUUAAUUUCGUCUACAUUCCUUUAUCCCAAAUAUACAUAUAGUAAGUAACUUAUACAGGAUAUUAACUAAAAUGUUCAGUUAAAUCUGCUCAUACCGUGUCCAUCACAAAUUAGUCAUGAUUUCAUUCAGAUUUCAUGUAUAUCUUCAGCUUUUGAAUGUAAACAAAAUAUAUGCCAGUUUUUUUUUACAUAUUAUAGGAGUGUAGAUUGGAGGUGGACUGUGUAAUUUUCAUUAAGUUUUUGUUUUCAAGAUAUUUAAAAAUUAAACAGAGUCAACUGUUGUACAGAGUGUUUCCCAAAUACUUGGUAAAAAUCUAGGGAUGCUAUGGCCAAAAUUAAGUUAAUUUGGUUAAAUAUAGUUUCAAAAAUAAAAAUAAACAGGGCCACCCAGAAUGUACAUAUUAGUGCACUAUUAGCGUUGCCAGUUGUUUAAGUCAACUCAUUUUGUGUGAAGUUACAAUGAAAAAUAAUUUAGUAAAACAGAUUGCUUUGGUAUAACUUAGCAACAUAUUAUUUUAGAAUUACCAUAUUUUUCUGAUAUCACUGUGGUC